CGCAGAAUAAGGGAGAGAACUCUCAGAAGUCGGAAGUAAACACAAAUCGAACAAAAUUCAUGUAAUUUUCGGCGAUAUGGCAUAUUUUAUAGCAUAUUUGUCAUGAUUAUAUAAUAAGGACACGGUAUUGAUAAAAAAAUAAGAUUAAAAUGAAAGCAUUACUGAAUAUUAUCAGAUCUCUCUUCAACUUAAUACGAUAUUUAUUAUCUCCCCUGAAGAGAGCAGUAUGUCGGAGAAGACGUUCAUCAGAUAGCGAUUUCUCAACACCUAUGGGUAUGAUAGAUAGUAAUUCAAUGUCUAUAGACAUGACACAAUCAUACCCGAGCAACAGUGAUAUCCAGAUGGAAUCUUGGGAUACUUGGGGUGACCAAUCAUCAGAUCACUAUAGCAAAACACAACAGCAUAUAAAUGAUUAUAGAACUAAACUGCAGAAAGAGGAACCUGAGCCAGAACCUGAACCAGAUUAUUUUGGUGGAAUGGAACCAUCUUUGAAAAAAACACAAAAGAUUGUUAUUAAAAAAAGGGGUGAUAAUUUAGUAAACAAAACAGCGAUAUCAAAUCGUCUAGCCAUGGUGUCAGAUAUUCCUAUGCAGGGUUCUGAACUUGAUACAUGGGAGGAUGAAAAUAGUGCAUGGGAUCAAGUAGGAGAGGAAGAUUUGUCUUACGAGGCAGAGACAGCCAUUAAAGAAAAACGCCGUGCAGAAAGACAUCAACGUCAUUUAGAACAACAAAAAAGAAAACUUGAAAAAGAAUCACGCCUUGGCCGAAAAGAUAGAGAUAUAGUUGCUGUGAAAUUAUCGUGAUAGUGACAAAUCUAAACAAAUUAACUAUGAUUCCGAUAAACUAAGUUCUUAAAUAACAGACCAUAAUCAUGAUAAGUCAUUUUCGUAAUUGGCAAAGCCUAUCUCAUACAAAGUACUGAUCUGAAACUUGUAAAACAGUUAAUAUUUGGUGGUAGUGGAGAGGAGUCUAAUAAUAGAAGAGGAUGUGUAUUGUAUCUAAUUUGCAGAGUGAAAAACAAUUUGAUUUUUAGAUGCUUUAUCAAAAGAUAACUGUGCAAGUAAUUAAUUAGUAAUUAUAUUGGGAUUUAGGCAGGGGAUGUCAGCAUCAAUGUUGGCUUUUUAAUUGAUCUAUUAUGGUGAUUUAAACUUUGCGCUCUGUGUAAGAGGCAGCUAUACGGAUUGGAUAUGCAUUAGAUUUCUGCCAAUUCAAAUAAAUCAAAUAUGCCUCAAGAAUUACGAAUGUCUAUGAUACUGGUAACCACAGUACUUUAUAAUUUAUUGUAUUUUAUUUUUAUUACCUUACCAUUUGCAGAUUACAAUUUGACAAAUGGCAAAUAUUUCUGAUUCUGAUGGUGGUUAGAAUAUGUUCACUGACUGGCCCCACCCCUAUCUCCCUCUCCUCCCUCUUCUAUAGGUGACUUAACAAAAUUACUGUAAAAUGAAUAAGUAUGUGAUGAUGUCACAUAUGUUGAGAAAUAAAAUUGAGAUAAUGAAUGUGGUGGGGUUGCAUACAGAAUAAUUAUCUUGGUCACUGUUUAUCUAGUAUUUUAUAUUACCAAUCAAGAUAUUAGUUUUAAUAGGGCGUCUGGUCAGAAUAUAUAUAUCCACACUUUAUAUGUUAGGGUAAGAAUUAAUAGACAUGUAAUAAGUGCAUCUAGAAAUAAAUAUAACCAAUCAUAUAAGUCAAUGUAUAAAGUUUGGGCCUUUGAAGGAAAACAGGGUUCGUUUGCAUUUUCAUCAUUAAUCAUGUAUAUGUGAAACAGUCAUUUUAUUUUUUAAAUUUGGAUCUUUUAACAAGUUAGUUUGAAAUCUAAUAUUUGGGCCUUGUUUAAAUUAUAAAUUAAAAUGUAUCCUGGUUAAAUGUUGCAGUAAAUGUGGUUGGUAGAACAAAUAUAUUGAGGGAACGAAACAAUAGUAUGUAAAUAUGGGUUAAUUAUAAUGUUAAUGUGUAUUGUGUUUAUAUAUUUUUAUAAAUUUGGCUACAGUAUGGCCACAUUUUGUAUGCCUCAUAUUCUGCACAUGGGGCUCAACGUUAUCUGGUUUCUUGGUAGGACAUGUGAAAAAUAUUGAUGCAGUACUAUUGUAGGUCUAAGAUGUUGUGAAUGCAACCAAAUUUGGAGUGAAUCUUACAAGCUGCAAAGGCAAAACGAGUCGAGUAAGAUUCUUUUUGAAUUCAAUCCUCUAUUUCUCUCCCUGUAAUCAUCCAAGCAUUCCCAGAAAAUGGGAAUGUGACCAUACUGUAUCAUCUGUAUGCUGCAUGACAGAGUUAUUACUUCAACUGGAGAGUUUAGUAUUUUCCAAGGUUUUGAAUUUUAAGUACAUGUACUUCCAUUCCAAAUCAUCCAUAAAACAAUGAUUGACAAAAUAAACAUAUGAUAUUGAUCUGUACCUGGUUUGGUUCACUAAUCAAAAUAAUUAAAAUGGAUGUAAUCAAAUCGAUAAGUUUUCUACAGAUAGCCUGGAUCUCUUGUGUAAACAAAUUUUUAUUCUGUUAUUCUCAGUGGUUAUGCGAUUUUGGUGUGUAAAAUAAACGUGAAAUAAAAAUGGUUCAAAAGUCUAUCUGA